GUAGCCACUCCGCAAGUUGUCGCUAAAAUCGAACAAUACAAACGCGACAAUCCGACGAUAUUCGCCUGGGAGAUCCGCGAGCGCCUCAUCAAUGAGGAGUGGCUGAAGACGGCUGCUCGCCUGUCUGCUGCUGCUGGCGAUGGCUCGACUGCGAUCAGCUCAAAUAGCUGUCGACAGCUUUACAUUGUUUCAAUUCACCAGAAGUAUCGGAUAGGUGAGACUGAAGCGUCGGCGGCGGCGCUUUUGACCGCGGAUCCUCGGGUGCAAGCAAAAGAGAAGAAGCUGUAG